UGCUCUCAGGUGAGGGGGCGUGGGCGCUACGCUCAGGCUGCGGGCUUGAGCGUCAGCAGUGGCGCUUAGGGUGGCGACCUCGCUGGCCAUCCUAGGGAACGAGCGGUCUCACCUACCGGGAUGAAGGCGGGUGCUUACUUGGGAUCCAAGGAAGGAAACCCGGCUUUUCCAUUUAUUUUUAAAGUAUAAAGCAUCUUUCCUUCCCACUCCCCAAGUUUAGUAGGCAAAGGGGAAUAAGAACCACAUGGCCUUUUUGCUCCUAGUUCGUUAGGAGUACGGUGUGUGUGUGUGUGUGUGUGUGUGGCCGGAGUAAAAGAGUUUGGCUACAUUUACCCAAACACUAGGACUAGGAGUAAUGGCAGGUAUUUUACGGGGACACAGAAGGCUCUUGUGCUAGAUUGUGGUUGCCUUGUUACUUAACCUGCAAGUGGAAAGACUGGCAAGUUACACAUGAACAAAAGAAUGGAGCAAAGAAUAGCUGAGAAUAGGCAGAGCUUGGUCAGACAGGGGAGCUGCUUCUACCACCUGUGGAUGUUUCGGAAGGAGAGCUUUUUGAGUUGCCAUCUGGCACCAAAGGGCUGAAGAAUGAGUAAGAAAGGAUGGGAGUCUCGGUGGCUCAAUAUAAAAGUUAUCACCUGAUUUUUUUUUUUAACAUGUCUCUUUAAGUAGUUUAAAUGGGAGUGAAAAUGGUGGAGCUAAAGCCUUGAACUGCUGCCUUGAAUUGUUUAGACAUAGGAAAGCUUUACAAGGAAUCUACUUUGUAAAAGCAAACAGCUGGAUUUUACCCGGAGAUACUGGUGCUGGUACAGGUGGAGAAAGUAAAGGAAACUUCACAUGUGAUUGAAAGGGCCCAGGAAAUGUAGCUAGCGCUGAGUGAGUUGCAUUAAGUAGCUGAGAGGAUCACUGACUCUAUCCUUAGUUGGAUGACACAUGGAUGCAUCUCCCAGAUCAUACUGCUAAAAUUAAGUAAGAACUUCCUCCUUCCCCUCCAAGGGUAGAAAUGAGCUUCAUUUCCUCCUGAGGAGUGGCACCUACAGGGAGGGAGCUGGGAGAAUAGUAGUUGCUAGAAAUUAUUACUUGAAGUAUAGGUUUUUGUGUUUGUUCCAUUGUUUUUAAGGAAAGUUACAAUUGAAACAUUUUUAGUGCCCUUUAAACUUAGUUUUAAGUAUAUAGCGUCUUGGGGGGUCCUAGGCUUUUUUUUAAAGCCAGUUUAUAGCUAUUUGUUUCUAAAUGGUAUAAGCCCCAAAGGAGAGGAGCUUGCUCUCGGAGCCUUAGGCAAACUCUUCUUGAGCCUGAGAAUGAUGACCAUUUCGUUACUAAAUUAUGGUUCUGAAUUUGGCAAACCUUUCAAGGCACUGGAGUUGUGUGAGCUGUACUGAGGUGUGGAUUUCCUUGUCAUCAUGUCUCCUAUGGUUACUUUUGUGGAAAGACACUUCAGUGUAUUUAACUCUGCUCCUGUGCUGGCAAGUUACCGAAUGCCUAAAAAGAGAAGAGAAAAACAAUUUUUGUUUAAAUCUUAGGAGGUUAAUUGCUCACAGUGAGUUGGCCUGCUCUUUUUGAUCACAGCCAUUUGCUUACAUCCAGGAUGUUAUACAUCAGUUGUUACGGAAUUGGGAUUUCUCGCCUUUCAGUUCAGGACCCCUUUGCAGUGGUGACUGCAUCAGCUGAAAAAUCAGAAUGUCAGCAAGAAUACUGUUGAAGAUGGCAUUGCAACCACAGAAUUUCCAGUUUACUCGACUGUGUAGCCCAAUUUUGUCAUAUAUCAUGCAGCUUCAUCUCUGCGUGCAGUGUCUGUGUGUGAAGAGACCUCCUGGUAUACUGAAAAAGAUUGGAAAAGCUGUGUGCUCUGCUAAUUUUAUGGUGUAAAUGAGUUCCCCUUCUCUUGAAAUGUUAGCCGUGUGAGCACAACAUAAGGAAAUUCAUUACACACUCUUCUAACGUCUUGUUUUCCCAGGAGCCAGCCUGGAUCAUUUGUUGGCAGUACAUAUUGGCUGAAGUCAGUUUUCAUUUCAAGAUGUUUUCUUCCAAUGGGCUUUUGGUGUAGAAUGUUGGAGAACCAAGAGCAGGAGGAGGUGAUCACUGUGCGUGUUCAGGACCCCCGCGUGCAGAAUGAGGGCUCCUGGAAUUCUUACGUGGAUUAUAAGAUAUUCCUUCAUACCAACAGCAAGGCUUUUACUGCUAAGACAUCCUGUGUGCGUCGCCGCUACCGAGAGUUUGUGUGGCUGAGAAAGCAGCUACAGAGAAACGCUGGUUUAGUGCCUGUACCUGAACUUCCUGGGAAGUCAACCUUCUUUGGCAGCUCAGAUGAAUUCAUUGAGAAGCGACGACAAGGUCUGCAGCACUUUCUCGAAAAGGUCCUGCAGAGUGUGGUCCUCCUGUCAGACAGCCAGUUACACCUCUUCCUGCAAAGCCAGCUCUCGGUGCCUGAGAUAGAAGCCUGUGUCCAGGGCCGAAGCCCCAUGUCCGUUUCCGAUGCCAUUCUUCGCUAUGCUAUGUCAAACUGUGGCUGGGCCCAGGAAGAAAGGCGGGGCUCCUCUCACCUGGCUAAAGGAGACCAGCCUAAGAGUUGCUGCUUUCUCCCAAGAUCGGGCAGGAGGAGCUCUCUCUCACCGCCUCCCGGGGAAGAAAAGGACAGUUUCGAGGUGUGGGCUCCUGUUGUUGACUCUGAGGCUCCUUCCUUGGAGAGCCCCCCUCUCCCACCUUCCUCCUUUCCGUCAUGCUGUGGUUUUGCAAGACCUGAUGAGGGAAUCUCUGCUCCUCAGCCUGUGAGGAGGGCCAUGGGAGGGGACCGUGCAGUGUGUUUGGAUCCUGGUCAGUUGGAAACAGUUUUGGAAAAGUGAGCUCUGCUUGGAGCUCUGGGUUCUCCUCUGAGGCGGAUGAAGGAGAUGUGGGCCGGGAGACUUGCUCAGGUGGGGCUGGGCCCAGGCCGGUGGUGGGGAGGCUGGGCUGCUUCGUGUCUUACCGUGGCCUCUGCUCGCGUUGGUUGCGUGGAGAUCGGUGACAACUCGUCAGGCUUCUUCCAUAGAAAUAGACACUGUGCAGAUGUUUAUAAGUUAAGCACAAGGCGCAGGGGUUGUUGGUUCUGAACCAAACCCCAUAUUUACUCUUCUGGGAGCUGAAUUUCUUUAGAUGUUUGUUAACAGGCCUAGGAGCACUGUCUCAGGUGACUGGUUUUGGGGACCUGUAGGUGGCAGAUUUUAAGCUGCCAUACUGAAUAAUGUUCAACAGAAAUGCUUGUGUCAUUGUAUUCCCACAGGCUCUAUUUUUGCUGCAGCCCCUGGAGCACUUAGUUUCUGGGAGGCUGGCCUCUUGCCUACCCCCUUGCAUGGACAGGGAGGUGAAUAUUCUCCCACCUCCUUGCUUUUCCUCCACUAAUACCACUGAAUGGAACGGUGCUGUGACUCCUGUCACUGGGGUUUCCUGCGCAUCCCAGGACCUCGGCCUGGCUUUAUGGGGCCAAGACCCAUGAAAUAGCUCAUGGCCAUCCACGAAAGAGAAGGGUUUGGUCACAGCCAUAGGAAAGGGACCAGUUCAGGGGCUUUGUUUUGGAAAGGAUGCCCUGGGCUGUCACCGUCUCUCUGGUUAUAAAGCGGAGACGCGUCUGUCUUCUCUGCAGGGUAAGCAUGGGCUCCUUUCUUUUUUGAAUCCUUUUCUUCUCCCUUAGUAACAGCUCCCUGCCCCCAGGCUUCAGCCACCACGUGUCCCUCCGCUGUGUUGCCGUAUGUUCAAUCCAGUGGGGUGCAGGGGCUUUGUUUCUGCCUGGAGAGAGGGCUCUGGGGAUGGAGAUGAGGAACAACACGCCUUCCUUCAGACAAUGAGGCAUUCUGCCCUCCUGCUGCCGUAAUUCUCUCCUCUGAGAGCCAGAGCUGGUAGGAGAUGAGUGCCGCUGGCAUUCUGCCCUGCCCUGCCCUUGGGUUUGUGUGUGUGGUUCUUCCCCUUCUUGCCCGCUUCUCCCUCUUCUGGCCAUCGCACCCUGUCUCUGGGCUCUUUUACUACCAGCCUAUGCUAUGGGACUGUCAUGGCAUUUAGUUCAGAGUUGAGGGGUUUUGGCUUGAAAUAAAAUUCAAGUAUUUAAGACUGUUGUUGCAGUUGGUGUCUAACAAGCUGUAGCAGUGGAGGAGGGAGUGAGGGCUGGCAGUAGUUACUUUCAUAAAUCAUGAAUUUAUCAGCGUGGAAAUAAUGGUUCAGAACCGUGCACGGCAGCUCUCCUGUACUGUGUGUGCAGCUCAAGUUCACCACUGGAGGAAGAAUUGCCUUCCAAAGAGUCAGGAUCCAGCUCCUCUCACAGUUAUGGGCACGAACCUUGUUAGGUAUAAUUUACCUGAUGCUGCUUCCGUCCUCGCAGCCUGUCUGCGGUGCCAGGUGCUGAAAGAGAAAUAAAGUUUGUCAACAGGCAGAUGCGGAGCCCUCGCUGGGACUCAUUUCUCUUUCCUGCCCGCCUCCCCUGGGUCUCUCCUUUAUAUGAUGCAGCAGAGCAAGGCGAGGAUAGAAAACCUACAGAGGCAAAUCCAAAAUGUCAAAAGAAGUUCAUUUAAAAGGGGAAAAAA